AUGGAGCGCCGGCCUCGGAGGCGGCGGGCCCUGCUGGGUCCCCUCCCGGCCCCCUGGCUCCUGGGCUUGCUCCUGGCCCCCUGGCCCCUGCAGCUCACAGGAGGGCAGUCGGUGACCCACACUGGCCCCCCCAUUUUGGCCUCUCUGGCCCACAAGAGCGUUUCCUUCAACUGCAGCAUCACCUACCCAUACACCCCACAAUUCAAAACCUUCACCGUCAGCUACUUUUAUGUGAACCGCCAGGGCCAGGAGAGCUUGGAGGAGCAGACUGGCUGCCAACCCAGCAUGGGCCAAGAGAACCAGACCCUCACCACAAAGUGCCUGGUCACCCCCAAGCUGCCCAGUGCGUCAGCCACAGGCACCUACUACUGCUCCGUCACCUGGCCAGGCUUCAGAAUGAAAGGCUCCGGCACCUUCAUCCUGGUCAGAGACACAGGCUACCAAGAGCCCCCAAGGGUCCCCCAGAAGACCCUGUUCUUUAGCUUCAUCAGCAUCCUGGGCGCCCUGAGCAUCCUGGGCACGGUUCUGCUGCUCUGGAAGAAGAAACAGAUGCAGGCUUUGUGGAAACACCCCGCCAGGAAGAGCCCGGCGCAGAGCGCGGCCAGCCCCCAGCAGUCCCCUGCUGAGCCCCUCUACACGGCCCUGCAGCGCCGAGAGACUGAGGUGUACGCCUGCAUGGAGAGGGAGGACAACAGCCCCCCCUCCAGGAGGACCUUUCUCUCCCAGGAAAAUCCGCAUAUAUUUCAGAGUGACAGUGAAUUUAACCUGGUCUAUGAAAAUCUCUAGGAUGAGCUCCACCUGCCCAGGGGUCUUGCUCUGGGUCAGAGGCCCCAGGGCAGCCCCACCCUCCAGAGGACUUGAUGGGGACCAAGAGUGAGGCCCCAGGGGCGCCCCAUCACUCACCCUCACAUUCUGGACCCUUCCUGCCUCGGCCUGCACCCACCCCAAGUCUGCAACCAGGAGCACCCACCGAGUGUUUCUCAUCUCCAGGCCUUUGUCUGAGUUGUCCCCUCUGCCGGGCAGGCCCUUCCUCAGUCCUGAAGGGCUCUCGUGGCCCCCACCCACUCCCAGAGCCUGCCUGCCCCUCGGGGCUCUCUUGGCACCAGCCUGUACCACAGCCUACAAGGCUGACUGGGAGCUCCUGAGGAAGGAGCUGGCCAGGGACCCUCAAAGGACCCUUGUCCGUGCUGUGUGCACGCGAAGUGGACGAAUAAAGAAGCAUCUGUGCA